AUGCGUGGUAUCCUAAUCAAAGCUGGUUUCUUGGCCGUUGCCACUGCAGCAGCAAACUCAAACUGCACUGGUGGUCUGUACAUGAUUGUGGCCAGAGGCACUGAUGAGCCAGCAGCAGCUAGCAAGGAUGGACUCUACCCCGUGAACACUGGGAGCCCUGGGUAUCUGGCACAACUUAUUGCAGCGCAGAUUAAAGACUCCCUGAUUAUGGGCGUGGAAUAUCCUGCAACGCUGAAUGACUAUGUACAGUCAGAGAAUGACGGGGCAACUACUAUGCUGCAACUAGCAAAAGAGUACCACUCUUCAUGCCCGGAUUCAAAAAUGGCCCUCUUGGGUUACUCACAGGGCGCCCAAUUAGUCUCUGAUGUCCUUUGCGGCGGCGCUGGUGGCGACUUCAACCACGAUGCACCGCUAUCGCCAGAUAUCGUUACGAGCAGCGUUGUGGCGGCCAUCUUGUUCGGUGACCCAACACACAUUGCAAACACAACCUACGAUCGUGGCACAAGCACUCACAACGGAACCUUACCACGGGCGAAUAACACAGUGUGCAAGCAGUACAGCGACCGCAUGGCAUCCUGGUGCGACAAAGGUGACAAGUUUUGCGAUGCAGGCCAAGUCGAUGCUGUUCAUGGACUCUACCUUUCGAGAUACAACACCACCAUGGUUCAAUAUGUGGUUGAGAGAUGGCAAAAUUCGACAGAGUCCUCUGCUACAGCCACGUCUAUUGGGAUAACCAAUGUGUCGACCGGAAGUCCAUUCGGCGACCACAAGAACCUAAAGGCUGAGUCUGGCCGUCUAGUUGAACAGCGCAUCGGAUGGCUGCAGCAGAGUUGA